GUUUUGGGUUAUUGUUUACACGACGCCCGCCGCAUAGCCAUCAUCGUUAUCGCGCAUCGCUUGAUUCGUUGCAUUCACGAAACACAAUUCUUACUUUCGGGCGAGCUAAAACAGACAAAUAAUACCGACGAGAACGCGGGGCAUACAAAAAGGCAUCGGCUAAGUACAUGAAUACACACAUGGCGGCUGUUUUAAGAUCUCACUAAGAGGCGAUUAUAUUUAGAGCAAAUACUUGUACGACAAUUCUCCAAAUGCGACAAUAAAGACAUGCAUACAUACAUACCUACAGUAUGUGCAAUAUAACAAGACGAUGCGUUGAGUGAUCAUACCUAAUACCUAUAAGAACAGUCAAAGCAAUUACUCGAUGACACGAUCGGCCCGACAAGCAAUCAAAUUGAGCGGGAGCAGGUCAGACGGCGCAUAGCGUAACGUGCAUAUCACCGCAAAGUUCAAAAGCAAAACAACGCGUGAUCCGAACGACACCGUGCGGAUCACCAAACACGAUCAUUGUGAACGAAAUAUACAAGUGCUGAAGAGAUUAAUUUAUAAUAAAAGUAUAGUCGUAAAUGUAGGUGUUUAGAACAUAAAAGCGGUGGAAAAGUUUGAAGUGUGUAAUAAAAAGGAAAUAAUUCCGAAUCACACAGUGCCAGUAAAGAAACUUAAUUCUUAAAGAAAGCAUUAACUGUAUAAAUAGCGAAUUAAUUAGAAACAUAUUGUAUAUACAACAUAUUCUUGAAGAGUGAAAAGUGAAAAGUAAAAAUAAAAAGUUAAAAUAUGACGAGCUACGACAGUGUCGACAAGGCGGCAAAAUCACAAAUGUUGCCACAGGAUGCCACACAAAUCAUAAUGGAAUCGGCGAAACCCUUCACCAGCGAUGCACUGCGGCGCAGUUCAACACCACACACGGUGGGUGGUAAAGUGCAGAAGGCGCUACGCAGUCGCCUGGAAAUACUCAAUUGGAUUGGCGAUUAUAACACGGAAUGGGCAAUGAGCGAUUUAAUAGCCGGCAUUACCCUCGGUCUUACCAUAAUUCCUGAGAGUAUUGCUUGCGCCCUGCUAGCCGGUCUACCAGCACGUUAUGGUCUUUGUUCGGCCUUUCUGGGCUCCUUCGUCUAUCUGAUAUUCGGUUCCAUAAAUAAAGUGAUCAUUGGUCCUACCAGUCUGGUGGCACUAGUCAGUUUGCAAUUCACUGUCGGCAAGCCAAUUGAGUUUGCUAUAUUGCUCACCUUCCUCACCGGCGUUGUGGAGCUGAUAAUGGGUUCGUUGCGCGUGGGCGUAAUUUUCGAAUUCCUCUCAGUGCCCAUCAUUAAGGCUUUCUCCUCAGCCACAGCUAUUCUCGUCAUCGAAUCACAGAUCAAGGUUAUGCUGGGAAUCAAAUAUCUGGUUUCGGGUUUCAUUGGGUCUGUAGCUACGCUUUUGCCCAGGCUACCAGAAACCAAUGUUGGCGACCUUGUAAUGGGCCUCUUUGCUGUUUGUUUUCUAUUCGCCGUUGCGCAAAUGGAAAAAUUGGCAGAUAAUCCAAAGAUGAACCCGAAAUUAAGCUCCGUUCUGCGUUAUUUAUCGUUCUCCCGCAAUACUUUGGUAGUUAUAAUCACCGGCACCGUGUCAUACAUUUGGAUUAGCGAGAAAAACGCUGUACCUUAUGCCCUAUCAGCCAAUGCUCUUUCUGGACUACCCAACUUUACGAUUCCGGAAUUUUCGGUGAAAACACCUGAGAAAACAUAUACUUUUGUCGAUAUGUUAGCCGAAUUGAAUGUGGGCAUUAUUGUUAUACCCAUCGUUGGCAUACUCACGAAUAUCUCAAUUGGUAAACUGACGCCUAAAGGUAUGGUCGAUGCUAACAAAGAAUUAAUUACUGUUGGUUUGUGUAAUCUUGCGGGUUCCUGCGUACAAUCUAUGCCAGUUUCAGGCGCUUUCUCGCGCUAUGCCAUCAGUAAUGGUUGUGGUCUCAAAACGCCAAUGGCCAACUUGUAUUUAGGCGCUAUUGUAUUGCUGGCGCUUGGCUUUCUCAGUCCCUAUUUCAAUUACAUACCCGAAUCAACGCUUGCCGCCAUUUUAAUGUGUUCCAUUGUCACACUUUUGGACUUGAAGCUGCCCUGCCGCUUGUGGCGUGAUGCUAAGCGCGAUUUCUGCGUUUGGGUAUUAUGUUUCACAGUGUGCAUACUGUGCGGUGUAGAAGUGGGACUCUUGGUCAGUAUUAUAGUCACGGUGCUGCAUUUACUAUUCAUGUGGGCGCAUCCACAAAUCUCGGUGAAAAUUGCAGAGGUGAAUGAGUUGCAGUACAUACGCAUUACGCCCAUUGGCGUCAUCUAUUUCCCCGCCAUCAAUCAUUUGCGCGCCAAAGUGAUGAAAGCUUGCGAACGCGUCCAAUUCAGUUUGCCGGUCGUCAUGGAUUGCCACAAGAUCAGCGGCAUUGACUUCACCGCAGCGCAGGGUAUCUCGAAGCUGCCCGACGAUCUGUCACAAUCGGAAACGGGCGAUGGCCCACUGUUGCUCAUACACCGACUCGGUGCGGAUAAACAGAAACUAAUUCAAACUUCCGCCAAGCUGAUAUUCUGUGACGAUGACGAGCGAUUGUGCGAAAGCAUCACUCAGGAAUCGCUAAAGAAUGACAAUGCGGUGUUAAAAGAACAAGAGAAAUCUAUUAAUGGCGUGCUAAGUGAGACCCAUUUAGAUUUUCAUUAUUAAAGCGAAGACUAACAAGAAGUCGGGCACACAAAGUGACGCAUGCAAGUGGGUCUAUGUGAUAACUAGUGAAAAUUAGGGAAAAAAAAGCAACGAAAGUAAAUAAUAAUAAAUGGGACAAAUGCAAAACUUGCAAGCCUAGCUGCAUUUUGAUGUAACACAUCGUGAAUGGUUGUAUAAUAUUUAUGUCAUAGCUAGUUGCUAAGUGUUAGCUAGUGGAUAUAUAAUAUAUUCUAUAUGCCAUUGUUGUUGUCGCCAGCGCUAAGCCAGACCAGAGAGUAUUGGAAUGUUUAUGUGCAAAAAAGGCACAAAUGUUCAUUUAGUUGUAAUUUCUGUUUAACAAUAACAAUAGCAAAAUAUUAAUGUAAUACUAUAUGUAUAUAUAUAUGUAAAUAUAGUAUGUACACAAUUGUUAUAAGAAUAUAAAUCUACUUUGUUUGUUCAACAUUCAACAUGGAAGUGACAAUAGUUGCAUUUUGCCUCAAUUAUUUUAUUAACAAUAAUUAUUGAUAUGCGAAGUUGAAAAGCAAAUAUUUGCAAUCGUUAAAGUCGCAACAAAAUCGCUGGCAAAUAUUGAGCUAGUUGAGGAAAAUUCCUAAUAUUGAUAGCAAGCGAAUAAGGUAGAGUCAAGUGCGAAUGGACACUAGAGGAUUCCCAGUGAGACGUGGCAAAAGUGGUUUUCACGAUUUAAAAGUGGUGAUUUUAGCUUCGAAGGCGUAGAACGUUCUGGGCGGCGUAAAAAUGUUGAAGAGAGAGAGGAACCGGAAGCAUUAUUCGAUGAAGCUUGUUGCCAAAUACAAAAAGAGCUCAAAGAAUUUUUGGGAGCAAUCAAGCCGGCAUUUCAAAAUGUUUAAAAGUGGACGGAUACGUUCAAAAGCAAGAAAAAUGGGUGAGAUAUAAAUUGAAGCCAAAAGAUGCUGAAAGAAGAGUUGGCAUGUCCGAAAUGCUGCAUGAACGCUACAAAAAGUAGAGAAGGAGUUUUUUGCAUCAGAUUGUGAAUAGUGUUGAAAAAUGGAUCCACUACGUCACCCCGAAUGCAAAAAAGCAUAUGUGAAACUUGGCCAAGCAACAAAACCAAUGGCAAAGCCUAAUACUCAUGAUGUCACGAUAAUGCUUUGUAUUUGUUGGGGUCAGACAGGGUGAAACUAUUUAUCGCGAAAGCUAACGGCAACAACUAAUCAAAUUGAUUGAUGUGCCUGUUUGCCGAAAAAUGCCUGGAACUUGAGACAAAAUACGAGGCAAUAAUUUUCCAUCAAGACAACGCUGGGCCACAUGUAGCAAGGCAGUUUAGAAACUCUUUGGCAAACAGCGGCUGGGAAGUUUUACCUCACAAAAAUUAUAGUACACCACUUGCUUCUUCUGUCUACAAUUUUUUCCAGUUUAUGCAGAACAUUCACACUGGAAUACGGUUUACAUCAGAACAGAGUAUGAAAAAUUGGUCUGAUGCAUAUUUGGACGGCUCAGUUCUUUUAGGAUAGAAUCCACAAACUACCAGAAAGAUCGGAAAAUGUUUAAGCUUCAGCUAGACAAUACUUUGAAUUAUAUUAGUGUACACGUUAUUCUUAAAUCAACGUUCAAAUUUUGAAAAAAAACCACAAAUAUAGUUAUAGACCCAUCGCCAUCUAUCGGAAACUGUGGUACACAUCCGGAUUGUAGUACACAGCCGGAAAAGUUUAGAUCUUUAUAACGACUUUUUUGAGUAAAAAUAAGGCCUUAUUCUUCGACAUAAUCUCCGUUUACUGAUGGAGGAAAUAGUCGCUGGAACGCUGAAUCUAAUUUCUUCAAUUUUACGGUCGUACGAGGGCUGCUAUAUAUAUUUCUGACAUUUCCAUUGGAUGAAUAUUAUUAUGAGAUGAAUGAACCGUAUCGAAGUUCAAAAGACGUGUAGCUGAAGUAGCGUCAUUCUGAGACCUAUAACUCGAAAAUUAUUAAAUAAGAGGUCAGGAAUUUUGGAGAGUAUUCUAGUUAAUAUUGGCUAACUUAGCCAUAAAAGCCAAUUCUUUUUGACGCGAUCUCGGGGUCAAGCCGGAGGCUUUCUAUUAAGUAUUCACUGUCUGAAUAUUUACAAUAAUGUUGCUGAAGAUAUGAAUUAAAUCAAGUGAUAAAUAUGGUUUUUAUAAAUACAAGUAUAUAAAACUUAGCGCCAUCUAUCGAAUAAUUUUUU